AAAGAACUCAAAGACUCAGAAGAAGCCAAAGCGCUUAAGAAGAGCGAGAUGGAAGAUGAGUUGGCGAAGCUACGAAAAGAUCUGGAAACAAAGAAUGAAAAACUGUCAGCAAAAGCAAGCCUUGAAGAUGAGGUUGUUACCCUGGCAACUUCAUUACAAACUGCUCAUGACUCUAUCAAUUCGAAGCAAGAAGAGCUGGACAGACUGAACAAGGAGUUGCGUUCACUUCGUGAGGAAAACGAUCAGUUGGCGAGCAAUGAAAGGAAAUCUGAAUCGUUACGGAAUGAACUGGAGCAACUUCAGCAGAAACAUGAGAUGAUGCAG